AUGAAGUACCUCAGUCUACCGACAAAAUUCGCUGGCUCACAUAUUGCAAAAAACACAAAGGCAAUGAACGUUUUAUAUCGAAAUUUACAUGCAGCAUUUUUAAACAUACAUUUUGGACAGUUUAGAACAGUUUGUCGGUAAGUUUACAAUCUACAUUUGUUUAAUAUCGAUAGCAGUAAAUAAUUCCGAAGUCUGAAGGUGUCGAUGAAUAAUUUAAACCUUCAUAUUUCAGAUUUUUAGUCAUAAUUUAUAUUUUGCAUUUGAAAUAAGUUGGUUAGGCCACUACAAGUUAAUCUUUAGUUUCUGGUCCGCCGCCCGCGUCCUUUCUCCGUAUUAGCACAGAGUAGAUACUGGACAGAGGUGUAACUGUAUUACGAAACGCUAAUGUUUGAGUGUAACCAAAAGCUUAGCCAGUGCGCUAAGGAGAGGCAUUCACCCCCCCGAAAACUUACAAAAUGGCGGGCAUUUUUUACUAAAAAGAUCGCAAAAAAUUGUUUCGAAAUCAAGGAUAUUGUUUGAAAUCUCGCUCAUUUUUGUUGAAUUAUUUUUAUUUUCAAGUUUGCCUAUGGGAAGAGGUAAAUCUGUGAGAGAUUUGCAGUUUCUUUUUCUUUUUUUUCAACAAAAUUGUUUUCAUAUGAGUGGGAAUUGUAAAUAUUUAGCCAUAUUUUGGUUUAUGGGCUUAGCCUGCUUGGCUAGUUUAGCUUUAAUAUACCUGUAAAUUUGUGUAAAAUAUCGUGGAUCUUUUGUGGAAAGAAAGAAGCUUUGCUUGACAAAGAAUUUGGUUGACAAACGGCAAAAGUUUUCUAUCUUAAGGUACGGUGUGAAUCUUUUGACUAUUAAAAACUUAACACAUUCAUGCUAUUUUUUGCUAUUUGUCUGAUAGUCGGGAAUUAAGAGUGCAGGGGGUUACAUUAGCAAUUGUUAUGUGAAUUCAGAAUAUAGUUAAUGACUUAAUCUAUUUUUACAACUUUAUACUGAUAUUUUAUGCAUGAGUCAAUGUAAACCCCGACCUCCCCCACCCCAGGAUUUGACUUUGACCUUGUUCUAAUAUUCACAAAUGCCCCACAUCCUGGUGACUAUUACAAGUUCCGAAUGUCAAAAAAUGUCCCCUGUACCUGGGGCCUUUGCCGUAACUUAAGACUUUUUAAUUCAACACUCCUAAAACAGUUUACAUUUCAAAUAACUAUGUAUGGACUGCAAUGAACUACUAUGAAUUGCAUUUGAAAAAGGUUUGGCACAAAAAGCACACAAAGCAAAGAUAAUACGAGCUAGACGAUAAAACGCCACUUGAGAUGAACAACCGCUGAAAAAUCAACAACUGGCUCAUUACUAAUCCCUACCCAAUCCCCUUACCCUGGGGAUAAAUAAAUUCUAAAAGCUUCAAAUCCCCCACCCUCUUGGGAGUGUUUUCUGAUCUAAACCCCUACCAAUCCCCAUUAACCCCCACCCUGGCCCGGGGUGGGGGGAGUCGGGGUUUACAUUGACUCAUGCAUUACAGUUGUAUGUAGGCAUACUGUAGUUCACUAAGUUCAGUAGUUCCAUUUAUAAGCAUUCAGCUCAAUCAGCUGUUUCUAUGAUUUAUAUAUUUUGUUGCUAUUUUGGCUGUAGUAACACGGUUGUUUGUGAAUGCUAAUAAUAAUUGGAAUUUAACAGAUGCUUAAUUUAUUUUAUUGUAUGUAUGAAAUAAUAUAGUGUCAUUCUUUUCCAAAAUAAUUUCUAUAUGCACCAAUCAUGUUAAGCAUGCACCUAGAUGGGAGGACAGGCUAACCAUGGCUUUGUAAUAGACUAAUCAAGUAAUAGCUAAUGCCUGCCCAAGACACAGCAUUUUUGACAAUUUUUACCAUUUGUAGAGUGGGCAAGUUAUGAUGAAGAAGCAAAUGAAGAUUGGCAAAUUUGAUAAAAACUCAAAUAUUUUUCAGUGUUCAGUAUUUAAGUAGUGAUUUUGGGUGAAGACCUUCAAAACAUCCUGGAGUUUCCGAAAAUGUUUUUCAUUGGCUCCCCUGGAAAUAUUUUCCAAGAGAUUUUUGCAACCAGCUCCCUAGAAAUGCAUAAUACAGUUUUUAAGCCAAAUAUUUUGGUGACAACAUUCCUUUGAAAUGGAUUUUUAUGUCCCUUUUAAGUUCCAAGGUCUUCACCCCUGGGUGUAUUGAUUAAAAAUGCUAGCAAGAUUGUUGGUCAACCUUUUAUUUUUGUACUCAAAAUAAUUUUCCCCAUGUGCAUAUAGGCAUACCAGAUAACUUCAGCCUGUGUAUGCAUGGGUUGGGGGUGAAUUAAUGGUUGAAUAAACAUUGGACAUUUUCACUGACACUGUUAAAAUUCUUGAGCCAUAUGCACCAUAGAAGGAACUAAUAAUGUGCGAGUGUGACAAUUUCACUUCCCCUGGAGGUAGAAGUGAGGAUAUAGGCCAGAGUGUCAGAGGUGAAUCUAUAGAUUCAGGUUUUUGUUUCCUGUAAUAGAGGUAAUAAUAAGCCAUUGGAUUCUACAUCAGCUGCAUGUAAAGGCCCUCCUGAAGAAUUUUUCCAGCCCCCCAACUGUUUACCUCCAGUUUUUUCAGCAUACAUUAUCCUACAUGUGUCAGUGUUAAGCUCCGGAGUGUCAGACAAAUAAUGGUAAAAUAUGAACAUUUGAUAAAUGUGGAUAUAUUGAAAAGACUGAAAAAUACACUGUUUACAUCAAUUGUUUGAAUGUUAUACUUUUCUUCGAUUUCUACAAUUCAAUGUUAUCUGCUGUUAUAAAUCAUAUUCUAUUUUUGCCUCCUCUGCAGGCAACUCUGUAUUGUUUUGUAUAACAGAUUUUCAACUCUUAUUUGUUUUGUAUUGUAAAUGCAUUUUGUAUUAUUACAAAACAAUACAGAGUUGCCUAUUAUACAAAACAAUACAGAGUUGCCUGUGGAAGAGGCUAAUUCUACUUAAAUAUAUAUUAACCCAGAACUCUCUCCUUGACAACUAAAAUCAUCUGGCAUUAGACAGAAAAUAAUAAAGUAGGGUGCAAUGUGACCCAAUGGGUUAACUAGAUACAUCAUGGGCAGAUAGGCCAGUUAACCCACUAAGUGCCAGAGGUCUCCCCUUGACGAGUAAAAUCGUAUAGCAUUAGACAGAGUAAAAUAAUCUGGCGUUAGACAGAGUAAAAUAAUAAAAUAGGGCGCAUCAGUGCACAAUGCGACUCAAUGGGUUAGAGAUGAACAGACGGUCAAGUCUGUUCUGCACAUAUGUACCUUCUGAUGUAAACAAUUGGUAACAUCAAGGUGUUAUACAUAGGGUUAUACAUGGUGGUCAACAUUACAUGUAUCAACACUAAUGACUUCGGGAGCAAGCAAAUGAGGCUAAAUUGCAUGUAUUCGCCAGCAAACAUGAGGUCAAGACAUAUAGUGAAAAAUUUACUCACACCGGUAACUGUUUCCUUUUAGAGUUGACCACCAUGUGCCGAGAUGUUGCAUCACAACACAUGAAAGUAAAGAAUACCCAACUUUCACAUUGUUUCAGCAUCUCAUUCAGAAACUCUAAUCAAAAUUCAUUUAAAGAACAGCAACCUGAACGAUGUGAAAUAUGAACUAUGUACAUCAUAUUUUUUUAAUAUAGCGUGUAUGAAAUGUAAAAAACCAACAUCCCUCACAUUUUAUGCUUUUUAUCACUAUUUAAACAGGGUGCCAUACUGCUAUAGUUUCAAAUAGUGAAAUCUUGACUGAUUUCUGCCUAAGUAUUUCACAAAAUAUUAAAUACAACGAUAUCCAGCUGCACAUAAGUUAUUAUACCAUUUACAUUUCUUCUAAAUCCUUUAGACAUGGCUCAAAUGAGUAUUAAUUUCUCGGUAAUUUCGGAAUUGGGCUAUUCCAUUUAAUAUCCGUACCCCCCCCCCCUGUCGAGGAUACAUGUUUUUCAUUGUCAUACCCCUGAAGAAUUCCAAGCUCAAAACUGUUUACCCCUGAAGAAUUCCAAAAUUCCAAGCUCAAAACUCUUUACCCCUGAAGAAUUCCAAGCUCAAAACCUUUUACCCCUGAAGAAUUCCAAAAUUCCCCACCCUCUUGGGAGUGUUUUCUGAUCUAAACCCCUACCAAUCCCCAUUAACCCCCACCCUGGCCCGGGGUGGGGGGAGUCGGGGUUUACAUUGACUCAUGCAUUACAGUUGUAUGUAGGCCUACUGUAGUUCACUAAGUUCAGUAGUUCCAUUUAUAAGCAUUCAGCUCAAUCAGCUGUGUCUAUGAUUUAUAUAUUUUGUUGCUAUUUUGGCUGUAGUAACACGGUUGUUUGUGAAUGCUAAUAAUAAUUGGAAUUUAACAGAUGCUUAAUUUAUUUUAUUGUAUGUAUGAAAUAAUAUAGUGUCAUUCUUUUCCAAAAUAAUUUCUAUAUGCACCAAUCAUGUUAAGCAUGCACCUAGAUGGGAGGACAGGCUAACCAUGGCUUUGUAAUAGACUAAUCAAGUAAUAGCUAAUGCCUGCCCAAGACACAGCAUUUUUGACAAUUUUUACCAUUUGUAGAGUGGGCAAGUUAUGAUGAAGAAGCAAAUGAAGAUUGGCAAAUUUGAUAAAAACUCAAAUAUUUUUCAGUGUUCAGUAUUUAAGUAGUGAUUUUGGGUGAAGACCUUCAAAACAUCCUGGAGUUUCCGAAAAUGUUUUUCAUUGGCUCCCCUGGAAAUAUUUUCCAAGAGAUUUUUGCAACCAGCUCCCUAGAAAUGCAUAAUACAGUUUUUAAGCCAAAUAUUUUGGUGACAACAUUCCUUUGAAAUGGAUUUUUAUGUCAAAAUUUUACUACAAAAAUGUGGGCAAAGCCACAGUUGUAAUUAUGUCUCAUAGUCCUAACCACCCGCCCGCUCGCGUCGUAAACGAAGGUAAGGCCAUAUAAAAAAAAAUAGUUGGUUAGCGUCCUUAGCUUUUGCCAAAAAGUGGGCGGGCGGGCGCUUUUUUUUUAAAUUUUUACUAAUUUUUAACGCCUUGGUUUUACUCACUGUUAGGUCCGAAACUGGAUUUUCUUGCGCAGUACAGAUAUUUUUUUAUAUAUUUCAAAAUAUAAUGAGGUUCGUACCGUCAUUUUCGUACGCAAUUUCGCAAAUUAUUAACACAAUUGACUACUGUCAACAGAAAUACUACAUAUAUUAGAGCCCGUUGAUCAAUAAAAGUCGGGGGUUUUUAAAAUAAAAAAUAAAAAAAAAUCCUGAGCGGGGCCUUUUUUGUGGGCGGGCGGGGACGCUAACCAACUAUUUUUUUUUAUGUGGCCUAAGGCCGGACCAGAAACUAAAGAUUAACUUGUAGUGGCCUUAGUUGGGAAACCACCAUUGUGAUGGCGUUUCAAUAUACUUGUUGAGCAGUUUAUAAGGGGCGACAUCCAUACUCACAUUGCCACGCAAAACGUCAUUUUGACGUUUUGAGUGGGUGGGUGGGUUUUCAAGAGUCAGUUUGAAGUUUGCGUGGCAGUUUGAUUUUUUUUAUAUCAGAAAAUAUUGAACACAUGUGCAGAGAUGAUUUUGGAUGUAUAUGUAGAAGUUAAGUUGAAGUAUUUGUGUAUUUCACUGCACCAAAGGCUUUAAAAUACGUUAUGAGUUUUCGCGAAAAUACGACAAAUGUUUAAUAUAGGUAUUAAUUUUGUAUCAUUAUUUAAAACUACAUAGGCAUUAAUUUGAAGCAUUAUUACUUACAGGUAACACCUUUGAGGCCUCCCUUUAGUUUUAAUAACAAUAUACACUUGACGUUUUCAGCACUGGGUGGGUGGGUCAAAAUGAAAACGUCAAAAUGACGUUUUGCAUGGCAAUGUGAGUAUGGAUGUCGCCCCUAAACAAUAGUAAGCAGAUUUAGACAUCUUAACCCAUUGAGCCACAAUGCGCCCCAGUGCAACCUACUUAUUUUUUUUACUUGUCUAACACCAGACGAUUUUACUCGUCAAUGGGAAAGCUCUGCAGCUUAAUAGGUUAAUUACCAUCAAAAGUGUAGACUUACAGUGCAUGCACUAUUAUUGUUAUUAUUUAUUUAUUUAUUUUGCCCAAUCAUUAUUGUAAUCGGGCUAGGAGUCUAAAGAAACCUUCAUAGGCUUUUAUAGUUUGAUGUAAUAUAUUGAACAACGAGAGCGAGUGUUUCACCGGGAUAUCCAAACACGAGAAAACAAAGUAUUUCAUAGAUUGUUUUCGAGUGUUUGGAUAUCCCGGUGAGACACGAGCUCAAGUUGUUUAUAUGGCUUCUCAAAUGAAUCGAGACAUUACAGAAUGUUUUCGUUUGCUGAUUUUGAAUAUAAUUUUUAACCAAGCAUAACGUAAUUAGAAAUUCUAUUUAAGUAAUUUUGCAUGCGUAAGAUAUUUGAUGAAAACACUAGUGACUUUCAUCAAAUAUCUUAAUUACGUAUGCAGCUAAACUCUUGUGGUGCUGUGUCUGACGGUGUUUGACCGCGGUAUCCAAACAGCAUCUUGUGAUGGAAUGCUUACAUGCUAUUGGUUUAAUUACUCAUGGAUUAUUAAUGAGUUUGAGAAUAUAUAAUGGAAGUCAAACCUGCAGUAAUUGAUGCAGUGCAAAGUGUAUUUGCUACACACAUGCAGUCAGGGCUUUAGGAAUGGUCAGUUGUUUUUUCUAAGAAUGUAUAUGACUGCGAUUUGUAUGCAGGCAAAAACAGUUGUUCAAUAUGGCAUUUUUUUCACAACCGUUCCUGGUCUGCCACAGCUAGGACUUAGUGUUGCAUUUGGUUAAGUUUUAAAAAUUGUGUAUAUAUAUAUAUAUAUAUAUAUAUAUAUAUAUAUAUAUAUAUAUAUAUAUAUAUAUAUAUAUAUAUAUACUCUCCUCAUAUCAUAGACCCCCAGAUGGAGGGGUGUCUGAAAAUCAGUAAACAGUAAAUUUUUUUGCAUAAUUUUUAACCGUAAAAUUUUAACGAUAUUUUAACGUUAAAUCUUUGAAAAGUGUUCUGAAAAUAUAAACAUUAUUUUUUCCUCAUGCUUCACGGAAAUUUUUAGUGUUUUCAUGACUGACGGUAACUGAAUUUGAGUGCAUCAUGAUUCACAAUAUACCCCAUCAACACCCUCUUGUAUUAUCCACCAAACCCAGCAUUCUAGACCUAGUUCGACCAAGUGAAGUGUAAAGCACAUCUUUCAUGUUCAUAGUUAUUACUUUUUUAUCCUGAAAAUAAGACAUGAACUUUAUGUAAAAAAUAUCCAGGAUCCGUUCGGAUUUUAGAAAUAUCCAGCCAUAUACCAGAUAUUGAUCGGAUUAUCUCACUAACCUGGCUGAAUAUCCAGUUGGAUAAUGAUGGCACGUGUACAGGCAUCCCUACUUUCAGUGCAGCCGCUAGCUGUGGGAAGUUUAUAAAACCACAGAAUGAUGCACACUGUCAGGGUAUGAUACAGUAAUUCAAUAUUUUUGGCCGUACCUGACUGGUACUCCAACAAUUUUUUGCCGAGUACUUGAGCUGGUACAAACUUUAAGAGUCAAGGUGUACCUAAGGCUACUUCCGAGUCUUGCGUUUUACAUGCACAUACGUGUAUAUAAUGCACGGUCUUUGACGGGAGAAAUUAAACCUUUUUGAAUUUUAUGUACCGUAUUUAAUAAAUACAUUUAUUGGUACGCAAUACAGUAUAUCGCACAUAUGUAAAACUAAAUUCUCCGCAUUUACAGUACUCAUUUAGUUAGUUAAUGAUAAACAUUUUACUGGAUUGUUAAUAACAGGAAACUUAAGAUUUCCAACAGCCUAAAACGUUUAGAUCACAUUAAAUAGUUUACUGGUCUAAAAGCGAAAACUAUGGGCAAGUUUGCAGAAACAAAGCUUUAAUGGUAUUUGUACGACAUAACAUAACAAUUUUCAAAUCGAACCAUUAUGGACAUUAGUGUUAACAAGCGUAAUUCGGAAAUCUUCGAGAUUUACAGUUACUGUUGUGAAUCCUCCACUCUAGUAGUCGAUAGCAUAUAGCGUUUACUAUGUACAAGUACUGUAGACACCAAAAACACAUAUCUCGGAUGUGUGGAAUUGCAUGCACAUGCAGCUAAAGUUAUUGACGGUUUUGAAUAUACCUUGGAAGGUUUGCUAGUUAUUGCUAAAAGGAAAAUGUGUCAGUACGCGAAUGGCAAAUUCUCAUGUACCUAUCUGGUACUUGGAUAAAAGCAAAGAAGUACCAGACCGUAAUUUCGGCGUACCUCCGGUACGUUGGUACGCGAAUUAUCGCACCCUGGAUGCAGUUGUGGCUAUUCAUCCAACAGAAUGCUAUAAAUGCAUUGUGCACAAUAAUCACAUACAAAUUUCUUGUUUCAACCUUACCUGCACCUUGGAAACACCCACCCUAACUCAUGCAUGGUUUGAAUUAGUUGAGAAAAAAACAUUGUGUAAGUUUUUUUUUAAAAACUGUUUCUCUAAAUGUUUAUAAAAUAGGUUCAUGAUUGUCUAGUUGUCUUAGCUACUCGGUCAAACACCUACUCAAUCAAACUGCAAUAAUUUCAUUAUUUGAAUACAUUUUACAUGUAAAUAUAGUUUGCAAUCUUUGAUAUACAAACUUAACACAUGCAUGACAUUAAUAAUUCAUGUGUUUGUCUGUCAUGGUGGCUAAAAUUUGACUCAUUCCAGUCUGCAAACAAAAAGUACUUUUUUAGUUGUUUAUAAAUUAUAAAACAGCAGAUUUGCUUUAUUUUAAAUAUGGAUGGAUGUUCAUUAAUCCCUAGUCUAAUUUUUUUGCACAUUGUUUGGAAAAGUGAUCAAUGUGCAAUUUUCACUAUUUGGUCCAGAAUGAUGUGCACAUUGCAUCAUUGAACCCUGAACUUCAACUGACCCGUAUAGCCCUCACCUGCAAUCAGGCCAUUUGUUGGCAGAAACUCACAUGUAUAUAGGUAUGUAUAUUUGUGAACCCUUCAGGAGGCACUGUGUUCAAAGCUGUAUGUGUAAUUGAUUACAAGGUGGUUGCCUUAACCACUUGAAUACAGCUCAGGAUUUGCUUCAAAUCAAAUCAAAAUAUGAUACUUGUCAUUAUUUGACAUGUUUGAAAAACAAAUAAUAUUAAUUUUACACAUUUAGAUCUGGUCCUUCAACUUGCAUCCAUUUCCUUUUUUUUUGGAAACAUGUGUUUUCUUAUUAACCUAGCUUUUUAAUUAAUAGAAUUUCUACGUGUAUUGUUCUCUUGGAAACUGUUUUCUGAUUGGUAGUGGGGGGAGGGGGCUGGGGGUUUUGACGUCAUUUACACAUGAACAGUCUAGGUCAAAACCGCCAGUGUGUGUGGUUUAGUAGAAUACGCGGGGUCACGGUAGAAAAUGCGUGGUGCUGUAGAAAUCGAAAUAAUCUGAACAGUUCUACUUUUACAAAUACUUUAUAAAAACAGGUUAUAUUAUGCAAAUGGUUGUCCUGAAGUAUACAGAAAUACAGAAUUGCAAACAGAAAUUCAAACAGAACCAGAUGCUGUGCUACAUGUAUAAUGCGGUGUGCUGUGUCCAUAGAUAAAAACGUAUAAACUAAACGACAAGUGCAUUAUAUGCAAAAAUAAAACAAAAGUUGGUCCGAAUAAGGAGUGCAUAAUAUUAACACACAAUUUAUUAAAACUGUAUAUUUGAAUCUAAAGCAGAUUAACCUUCAGCAGUGUUUUGCAAGAUAUGUCGUUAUAUUACAAGCGUGAGCAAUUUUAAACAAGCUACUGUAGCGUGCGCAAAGUGAUCAAUGUUAUAUGCCCCCCUCCGCUACAUCUGGUUCUUGUUUCAAAUAUCAUGAGGGAAUGGGUUCAUGAGGGAAUGGGUUCAUGAGGGACGGUUGUGUUACAAAGUAAGCAAUUUCUACUUCCACUGCAAUCUUCAGCAGUGUAAGAACUGAACGAACACAACUUUAGUGUUCGUUACCACACCAUACGCCACUUUCUUCUACCAGAACACAGAAACUACCUUAUCCAGAUCGUAGGUGUCUUGGUGUAGGGAUGCAAAAUUUUUCGACUAUACUAUAUAGUUUCGUUCAAAGUGCUGUUCAUAUUACUAAUUAGCUUCAAACACUAUAAUUAUAAAGUUGUGCAAUGCAGAUGCAAAAGAAUAGUGAAUAGACAGUGAAAUUACACAAUUUUAGCAGUGCAGUUUGUAAAUAAUUUUACUGAAACCAAAAGGUUAUUCAAAGCACAUCUUAAAAUCACUUCCUUUUGCAAGUACCGCACCGAAAUUCUAGAGGUUAUACAUUUCACUACGAAUACGGAUGUUUGUGGCUAGCGAGGCGUAUGUGUAUAGAUAUAAUUGUAGAUAUGGUUGCAGCGGAUUUAUAGACUGUGCAGUACAAUUUUGUUAGAGUUUCUCUUCAGAUUACAACAAAAAAGAGAUACAGUAAAAGAGUUUAUUCUUUUCGAUUUCUACCCGCAUCCCACAUUUUCUACCGAUCCCGCAUUUUCUACCACACCCCGUGACGUGGUACGGGGCUAUACCCAUGAUCACGCACUCCGCGUAUUCUACUAAACCAGUAUCUGUUGUGUCUGGGGAGUUCAACUGACAAGUGCAUUAUAACGAGCUCGAGGCGAAUGUGUUAAUUGGAAUCCCAUGCACUAAAUAGCAUAAAUUAUAUGUGAUAAUUGUUUAAAAUUCCACUCGACCUGGAUUAUACGUAUAACACAUUUAAUGGAAUAUCUACACUCUAUGUUCAAUAAAUUAUUUGUAUAGAUAUAUGAUCAUUGUUUUGUUUGUAUGUUCAUCCAGAUUUUUAUCCCCCCUCCCCCUAUUUCGCUUGGUGUUAUGGUUUCCGACAGCAUAAGGAAAAUAUUUUCCUGGCUAAACUUUUAUUAGUUUCUGAGUGCUGGCUUACUAAGUGCAAGUGAAAUAAUAUAUGCUGCAGAUAUAUGCUGCAGCAUACAAUAUGUUGAUUAAUAUGAGUGUAAUUGUGAUCAAUCUCUACAGUCUAUGCACAUAUGAAUGUUAUUUUGCCGCUGAUGCUAGAUUUAAAAGGGAAAGAUUACUGUAUAGGAAACUGAAAUGUCAGGCAAAAUUUUAAAAAAUGAACUGGGUGAAUAUGCACCGUUGUAAUAUCUAGGAUUAUCUCAAAUUUCCAGUACAAAUGCAUUGUAAAGUACUGUCUUUACAAUAUGUUAAAUCAUUAUCAAGCCAUUGUGUUCGUACUAUAGAUGUUACUGAAGAGUAUGGACCAAUGGAAAUUUUACUGCAUUCACCUCCACAAUUGUUAACAACAACACCUUAUGGCUGUGGUACUUUGCAGAAUGCAGAAUGCAACUUCAGUACUUUAAGUCAGCGGUGAUAUGACCUUGAGAGUUGUUAGGAUAGGCUGGGGCUUGGUUAGCAGUGGGUUAGGCCAUAGGGAUUAUGAGAGAAUAGAGUUGGCAUUGCACAAAAAAUCGAGGGACAAAGUUGAAACUUCCUAAUGGAGCAAUCUCUGAUUGGCUAAACUCGCGUUGCCCGAAUGUAAAUUCUCAUUCCCAGAUGUACUGUAAAGGCACGAUGCUUAGGAGCGGGAAUAUUACGAAAAAAGUACAACUUUGAAAACGUCGAUUUUUUCCAUUCUUAGCAUAGUUCAAGCAAGAACUAAAGGCUCAAUUCGAUGCUGAAGAGCAGUGUUUUGUUCACGACUUCGGCAUGUUUAAAUUUUUAUCAUUUUCCACGACAUUUUCACCAUAAAUACAUGUAAGACAGUCAGGACUGUCGAUAAGCCAGGGUGAUUACUUGAAUUGAAGCCGAAAGGUGGAGAAAAUAUAUUUUGUUGGUUUUACAGUACAUCCGGGUAUUUGCCCAAGUAGAAUGCUUGAAGCUUUGCCCUUUUUGUUUCCCUUUCCCAAAUUUCUUGCCGUUUCUGUAUGAAUUGGGCUUCCUCCCAGCGUCCCGCAUUAUUACACAGGAUCUGAAAUCUCCAGUAUUCUGAUAUGCACAGGAUAUUUAAUUUAGUUAUGGAUACUAAACCAUGAAUGACAUGUAUACUGUACGCGAACUGGAUACCGGAAGUUUCAAUUAUUAGCAUAACGUUCAAAUCACUUUUGAAUACUAUGAGUUUACCAGCAUGAAAGUAAACAGCCUUUAUUUUCACAUUCAAAACUACAAAUUUUACAAAGGUUCAUGUGAACAUUAAACACGAUAAUCAUUUGCCAUAUAUGAGGUGAUAAAUUGUGAUAUAGCCUGGAAAUAAGGGUCUAUUAAACUGCACACAUAAUCUCGUUAAUUCUGCAUGCGCUUCAUUAUAAUAUUUAUUUAUUGAAAUAUCUAUAUACAGUAACCUAUUGUACAGUGUAUAUUGUACAUCGUAUUUCCACUAAAAAUGAUUAUGAAAUACUGUCUGGUUAGCACAUUCCCGAUCUCCAUUUUGUUUAUGGCUAUAUACAUUACUGGGAUAUAUGUAUGCAAGUGCCAAUCAAUCCUGUGAAUACUGACACAUCAUUCUAGCAGUUUACUUCCAAGAAACAUGCAGCAGAAAUAGUCGAACAUGCACACGGGCCCUGUUGGAAGGAAAUUUUAAACACCAACAGGAAAUAUUAAUAGGUUGAAUUUUUUGUUUAGAUCUUCUAGCUAAGUAUUAGUCGACUAGUUUUAAUGCAUUCUGUAGGCUACGGAUAUGCAAGGAACGUUUUACUGACUUUACCUGAUUUUAGUAAAACAGGCGGAAACAUUCCUUAUUGAAUAUUGUAUAUAUGAGACUUUCUACGAUACAGCACGCCGCCUUUACUUUAAAGUGCAAUUGUUACUUCAAUGAUACAGUAUAUGCUAAAAUAUAAUAUGAUUAUAUUUUUAUAGACAUAUGUCAGAGAAUGUCACCACCACACAUUUGGAGAGGACAGUGGCAAAACCAAGAGAAACCGUGAGAUAGUUUAAUGUCUUUAUGUUGUAACAAAGUUAGUGAUAGUUGUUUUCAACUAAACUGAUAUUCGAACAACCACGUACCUAUACAGAAGGGUACUUCUCCUUAUGUAUGACAAUACCCUUCGCAUAAUGAUCUACAUUAUAUAUAUACACAUUUUAUAAUUUACGUGUGUAGUGCAUAAAAGCUUUACUUUGUGUUGAAUGCGGUGAAAGGGCGGUGCAAAAUUACUUACUGCUACAGUGUAUAAAGAUUAACGUGAAUUUAUCGAACCCGACAGUAGACCCACUUGAAGAGGACGUCACGAUGUUUGGUCGUUAAGUAUUUUUGUAGCAAUUAUUGUUCACUUUGACCUUUUAUAAUGUGUACUUUUUUGUUUUGUAGGUUACUGCUGUUGGAAGAAUAGUGCACAUAACGCAACUUUCGAAAACUGUUAUGGGGAUUGCCAUUCACGUCCCAAAUUCUGAAUUCAAGUUUAAAGCUGGACAGUGGUAAGUAUCAACCACGGUUGCACGAAUUUUAUGUAUACAUGCAGUUUACAGUAUAAUGUACGUUUUUGUUUGUUUGAUUAAUAUGUCACAUACAAUACAAUCAUAUAGUACAGUACAGUAUAUGAGGAAGUUUGCAUUGCCAGCGUGAAAACCCUGAAAUGUGUCAAAAAAACAAUCUGCUAGCCAAGUCUUUUACAUAUGUACACUGGUACUUUGAGGUAUUUUAUACGCCAGUGAUAAACUACUUUUGAGUUUGUAAAUUUAAUACCUGCAUACAUGUAUACGUACUUCUCGAACGGACUUGCAUUUAAAGAGGAAUUCAAGGCGAGAGUAGAGUUAAUUUAUGGACUUUAUUACCGCAGUAUGAUACCGCAAUGGUUUCCUUUAUAUGGGAAGUUGUAAUACAGUGUUAUAUACCUCGCCUGUCGUGACCGCAGUAUACAUGAAUAGAGAAUUUGAGCAAGACAACGAAGUCGGACGACGACGACGUGGUUGACAAUUUUUGCCUGUCUUGCACAUUACCUUGCACAUUCUGAGUUUAGGGUCAGGAGUGAAGACAGAUUAGAGAUUUAUGCCUAGCUGUUUGUGAAUGGUGACCCAAAUCCUUACCCUGAUCAGGAUAAAACAGCGAGACAUGAAUCCAUAUCCCGUCUUCGUCUUCUGCCUUCGUUCACAACGAAUAUUUUGGCAAAAUUCGUUGUGAAACUCGUUCUGCACGAAGGCAGAAGGACAAAGACGGGAUAUAGUUUCAUGUCUCGCUGUUUUUUCUGGAUCAGGGCAAGAAUUAUGGUCAGUAUUCAUAAACAUCAACACAUGGGAAGACACGUUGUGCAACCACCAGUGACGUCUAACUCAGUAUGAGCAAGAUAAUGUACAGACGGCAAAUAUUGUCAAGUAUGCCUUCGUCUUCGUACUUCGUUGUCUUGCUCAAACUCUCUAAUACCAUUAGUACGAGGACGGAUCAAAAAGUUCUGCCACUUGUCCGUGAUUUCUUAUAAUUCAAACACAACUUAAAACAUUACAGUCACAUUCCCUCAAAGUAGCUUCGUUCGACUUCCAUUACAUCGUUACACCCUCGUUCUCCAUUCCUGAAAGCAUUGGCGGUAUUCUGAAGUACUGUAGGUAUGUCCCUCAUCGCUACAUGGACGGCUUUAGCAAGGUCUUGGAUCCUUGAAAACGGCCUUCCUGCAAUGGUAGCUUUUGUUUUUGGAAAGAGCCAGAAAUCGUAAGGAGUGAGGUCACCGAGUAUGGUCGAUGUUCUAUCAAAUGGAUACCAUUGUGAUCAAGAUACGUCUGUGUAAGGCGUGAUUUGCGAGGAGAUGAAUUGUCAUGAUGCAAUUGAAUUUUGCGACAGAUUGUGACCCUCUGCUCUGUUGUCAACUGACGAAGGACCCAUCUUGCACGCUUCUUUGACCAACAAAAUUGCUCAUGGAUGAUGGUACUGUAUGUCCACUUCCGUACCCUAUCCCAAGUUCCAAGGCGAGAAAUCUCAGUGUUUAUAGUUAUAGUUGGGUAACUUGGGUCUUCUGCAAUUAACGCCUCUGCUCUUUUCACUGAACUGUCGGUCACAGAUGUCGUUGGUCUCCCAGCACGUGCUUCAUCUUGAACACUCUCUCUGCCAUCAGCAAAAUACUGAAUCCAUCGGGAAAUUGUGCGAAUGGUCAUGGUCACAAUAAACCUUCACAGGCUCUCCAUGGCUAGGUCUUGCUCAAAUACCAAGUUUAUAUCUAGUGCAAAUGAAAAAAACUGGAUGUGCUCCUUUCUAGGGCACAUGGCAAGCCAAAUAAGCGUCUGAAUAAACUAUCUGCCAGAUUCUAUAGAAGCAUUAUAUAAGCACCAACUUUGCAUAACAACUGUGAUAAGAAUGCGGCUACACAUCAACAUAACAAAAUAUAGAAGCAUAAUUACUUUAAUUGGGACUUCAUGGCAACCUCUGGUGAUACUGUAGAGCGUUUUGAUGCGCCCUCGUAAUUCACCUGCAUGGGGCCUGUUGUACGAAAGGCGUUAAACUUGAACGGUGUUUAGCCACUAUCCAGCGGAUAAAUUCCCUAUCCGUCGGCUAGUUAACCGCCUGAUAAAAUGGAGUUAUACGAAGCCUGUUUAGUACAGCGUUUAACUAUCCAUAGGAUAACCUUCAAUUUAACUGCAGAAACCGGAUUUGCCUGAAAUUUCUUACCUAUACGUCAGCUGUUGGUAGGCAUUCGUGAACUUUCGAAGCUUUAUGUAACUUAGGAAUUCCACUAAGCUUUUGUAAUAAAGUUUGUUGUUUCUAUUUGAAGUUUUCUCGUCCAUUCGUUUGCAAUGCUAUGUCAAACUUUUCAUUUCCACAUAGGGUAGUGUUGAGUUUCACGUUCACUUAUAUCGAUAGUUCUUUAAAGAUUUUUGGCUUCUCUAUGCGAAGAGUCGAAGGGAAUGGCAAAAUCUGUGAGAUGUGUUGUAUUCUUUCAGUUGAUUCAGUUUUGUACUGUUUGAAUAUUCCUUGGCCUUGCACUAUACGGAUAGCGAAUUAAACGGUGGACAGCGACUUAAAAGCCUUUCAUACAACCGGCCUCUGGUCAAGUACCUGUCCCUGUUAGAAUAUAAAAAUAAGGCGGAGCAAUUUCCAUUGGAAAUUUUGUUGGGAUUUGUCGGGCACACACUCAUUUAUUAGAAAAACCUUCCAUAGAGUACUGUAUAUCUUGAAACAUUUUUCGUUAUAAACAAGCAAGGUGUAAAUGAAGUGUUAAUCCAGUGUGACAGAUAAUUAUGUUGUGCGUGCAAAAUAUAACAGGCAGAUGCGGCACGCUGUACUUACAUUGAUUUAAAUGUACCUGAACUGUUUUAACUUUCGUAAAGAAAACAGCAUGUACUGUACAGUACAAAGUAAUAAUACACCCCACUGGUUACCCUGGAUUCCAGAGCCUUCGACAGUGAAUAAUAAAUUGAAACGUCGCGAAGGCUCUGGUUCAAUGGGAAGAUUCUUUGAUUAAACCGCGCCAAUCACAAAACAGAAUUAGCUGUUUUAGUACAGAAUCUGCACUAAAACCACUAAUUCUGUUUUGUGAUUGGCGCGGUUUAAUCAAAGAAUCUUCCCGUUGAACCAGAGUCUUCGCGACGUUUCAAUUUAUUAUUUACUGUCGAAGGCUCUGGAAUCCAGGGUACCCACUGGUAAGAAAUUGUUCAAACGAAUUAUCGUGAUAAUUUCCUAUUUGUUGAAUGAGUGUUAUAAAACUGUAUCUGCGUAUUUUAGGGUGGAUUUUAUGAUUCCCGGGGUUGAAACUGUUGGAGGAUUCUCCAUGAAGUCCAGUCCAAGAAAAUUAGAAAAACACCGAAUAAUUGAAUUGGCUGUGAAAAAGAGUGACCAUCCUCCUGCACAUUGGGUGCAUUCAGAGGUACACUAUAAUUUCCUAUUGAUACCCGAGUAAGUAUUAUUGCUAGAAAGUUGGCAGUAUUAAGACCCAAUUAAGAAGUACAGUAACUUAGAAAAAGAGAUUGUAGAACGGGAUUAUCGAGGUAUUGCGUUCAUGUGGCUAGCCUGGUAGACCGCAAGGGAUAAGAGAUAAUAACAGGAUGAUCAACAGUCUGGACAGAGCAACUCCUCUUUUGUUGAAGGGUUAUGAAUAUAUACUGUAGUUUAAAUUAUGAAACCUUUAUAUUUUAGCCUUGCUGCAUGCAAAGUAUGCAAAAACAUAGACUUUAGAAUAUUGAUAAUUUGAUAUAUGAGCCUUAACAUUUAAAAUAUUUUAGACUCAAUAUGAUACACAACUUGAGACAGUUUAUAAAACAUAUAUAUUUACUUUCUGCCCCCCAAACGAUUGUCUUUACGCUUUGGCAAACUCAAUUCCGCACUUAAGUACUUAAGCUGGUACUCAAAUACUUAGGUUAAGUACUUCAGUUAAGGACUUAAGUUGGCACUAAGUAGUUAAACUGGCACUUAAAGCACUUGAAAGUACUUAAGGUGGUUCCUUACUGUUUUCUGCAAUUGGAAAAUCACGGGCAGCAUUUUCUAUAACUCUGAUACUAUUCGCUUUACGACCAGUAACCAUUCUUAAAAAAAUCCGCCCUAAAUGGUAAAUUUUCGUCUAGCCAAAAAACAUUAGGGAGCCAUCUUAAUAAAAGAUAAUUGCGAAUUUCGAAUAAAUGAAAGUUUUUUUUAAGGGUGAGCGGUGAAAGUUUCGGAAAGCAUAUCCAGUUAUAUGACCCGUCGACGCCUUAGUAUUUAAUGAAGAUCAGUGAAGAAUUAUAUUUUAUUUCAGUAGGGUGGCCAUUCUCCUCUUGCUCAUGCCCACAUUUCGAUUUUGUGACUGUUUUAGUGUCAUGUCGGAGACAAAGUGUCGUUAAAAGUUGGUGGCGACUUUUUUUACGAUUCUACGUCUGAAAAUUCUAAAGAAUUGUUGUUCAUAGCUGGUGGAGUUGGAAUUAAUCCAUUGUACUCCAUCUUGCAAGAAAUCAACGGAUCAUUGAAAGACGGUCAGCUCAAUAAAGAUGUAAAAGUGGAACUUCUGUAUUCGGCUUCUAGCUUAGACGAACUGAUUUUCAAG